AAAGUUUUUAUUUUCAGCUUAAUACCAAUUGUUUUAACAGUAAUUCUAAGCUGCUCUAGUAAUAACUAUGUAGAAUGACAAUGGGUGGCAAUAAAAAAUGUAACCAUUCUGACAAAUGUAUGAAUAUAUAUUUGUGCCAGUUACAGACGACUGAAAUAAUGUGCUAAAGGGAGGAAUAAUCUGGAAAUUAUAAACUAAUUACAUUAGUAACAAAGCAAAUACAUCCUCGUGUUUCCUGUACACUCCCAUCAUACUGAGCUAAUUACAACUGCAGAGGGCUAAUUUUACUCCACUUCAUCUACUGGAUGGCGGUCCCCCUGACUUCGGAGAAGCAUGAUGAGCCAGCGGCGUGGGAUCCAUGUGGACCAAUCAGAGCUGCUUUGCACAAAAGGCUGUGGUUUUUAUGGCAACAAUGCCUGGCAGGGCUUGUGCUCCAAGUGCUGGCGAGAGGAGAAUCAGAAAGAAAAGCAAAAACAGAUUCAAGACGACUGGGCCCUAGCAGAGAGACUGCAAAAAGAAGAGGAGGAAGCAUAUGCGAACAGACAUCAGAAGAGCCAGGCACCAACAAACGCAACUCCCUUUAGCAAGUUUGAAGAAAGAAAAUCGAAAGAAAAGUCCAGCAAAGUCAACACAGUCACCAAGUUUUUUAUUCCAUCCUCAAAAACACCUCAGAAAAAGGAUGCUGCGUCCCUGGACUCACAAUCAAGUCCAAGUCCAAGUUCCUCUGUCAGCAGACAUUCCUCUGUGGACAGUGACCAGGCAACAAAAGAGUUCAUUGAUUUCCUUAGGCCUCUGAAGUCAGGCAGGGAGAUCUUUAAACAGUGCCGAGCCUUCACUGAGAGCAUGGUCUAUAAGCGGGAUAUGGGUGCAGAUGAGCUGUCAGAGUGUGUGCAGGAUUUCUACCAGAACCUCUCAGAUCGUCUGCACACCCAGUUCAAAGGUUCAUCAGAUCAUGUGGAGAGCAUUAUGGAUGAGGUAGAAAAGUACAUGAUGACUCGUCUGUACAAGGAAGUUUUCUGUCCCGAGUCCACGGAUGACGAGAAGAAAGACCUGGCCACUCAGAAGAGGAUCAGAGCCUUGCACUGGGUCACCAUAGAGAUGUUGUGUGUUCCUGUAGACGAGGAGAUCCCUGAGGUUUCUGACAGCGUAGUAAAGGCCAUCACAGAUGUGAUAGAAAUGGAUUCUAAACGCGUUCCCAAGGACAAGCUGUCCUGCAUCACCCGCUGCAGCAAACACAUCUUCAACGCCAUCAAGGUCAGCAAGAAGGAGGCGGCGUCUGCUGACGACUUCCUGCCCACACUUAUCUACAUUGUGCUAAAAGCAAACCCUCCACGACUGCAGUCCAACAUCCAGUACAUCACCCGCUACUGCAACCCCAGCAGACUGAUGACCGGAGAGGACGGUUACUACUUCACCAACCUGUGCUGUGCUGUGGCCUUCAUUGAGAAGCUGGACGCUCAGUCUCUGAACCUGAGCACAGAGGAGUUUGACCUCUACAUGUCAGGCCAGGCGUCCCCCCACUGGCCACCAGCCACUGGAGCCUCCUCCAUCUCCCCCAGCAGCACCACUCUCAGUCAAGUCCACAAAAGGCUGGACCUGCUGACGGGGUUGGGACAGAGGCAGGAGCGCGUCAUGGAGAAGGCCCGUCAGCUGGAGAAUGACCUCAUUGACUGGACAGACGAGGUGGAACAGAAGGUGCAGAGCGUCCUGGAGAGCUUCUCACCAGAGAGCCAAACCCCCGCCGCAGCCACCGCCACAGUGGGGGAAACGACGUCUGCAGCUUCAUCGGCCAUUGACUCUGAUAAUGUGGAGAACGAGCUCCUGCCUCCACCUCUGCAGCCGCAGGUGUUUGCCGGCUGACGUGAAGAGCUGGAUUCUGAUGAAUCAUUGAAGCUUUACUCCAUUCUUCCCUUUCUCCCUUCUGUUGGACUUUGCUGUUUGUGUGCACAUACAGUUGUGGUCGUAUGGACGUCAUUCCCAUGACAUUCAUAUUCAUUUCCAACUAUCCUCAUGUUGCAGUGGGCCUGAAAAUACACUGGAAAACAAUAGAACAAAUACAAAUAAUGAAAUAGUUUAGUAUUUGGGGAAAUGCACUUUAGUUGUUUUUUUUGUUUGUUUGUUUGUUUUUGCGAGUCGUGGGAUAAUUCCACGGAUGCCAUCGCAAACAUCUGCUUAAAAUAUCCUUUCCGGAUUAAACCAACAAACUAGAACAAAUUAGAGUAUUACUGUAGUUCUCCAGGUAAACACUCAAGGUGUGUUGUCUGUACACACAGUUACAUUUGCACAGGCUGUGUGGAGAAACAAGCUCAAAUUGUCAGGACAUUGACUAAAACAUACAAAACAAAUACAAAGACUGAGCAGGAUUUGUUUGAAAAGUCUCAGUUGACUGAAAAUACAUGGCACUUCUUCUAGGCUUAGGGAAAUAUUUUACAUAACCCUGCAGCGCACCACCAAACAAAAUUGUCAUGUAACGAAAUAACAAUCUUCUAGUUAACUCACAAUUCACUUAGUGUGGAAUUUAGUUGAACACAACAUUGUUCUACUCACAGGAAUUGAAGUAAGAGAAACAAAGAUCUUCAAUAGCUCCCAGUCAUUCUCUCUUUUUUUUUUAUAGCAAUCUGCUAAUUAUUCUGCCUGUCACUGUCAGGUAGAAAAAAUGAUUAGCUGUACAUAAAUAUUUGUUUUAAAACUGAUUAGGUGACAUUGAUUAAUUUGGUAGUUGGGUAUCACUGAUCUGAGUGAUUUGUUCCAUCAUAAGGAUGAACGAGAAAUGAAGGUUAUAAAUCUGUGUCGCACAAAUACAGAAUCAUGAAGUAACUGAAUUUUAAUUUUCUUAUUGCCAAGAAUGUAAAUGCUGACGCAUUCUCACACAUGACCCUUUUGUGUCAGGGUAAUUUGAUCAGACCAUAUUGAUGACUCCAUUGUCCUUGUUUGAGAUCGGCAGUAAAGCUUGGUCUUCAUUACAGUUUCAGGGUCUGUUGGGGGGUCAGGGAUCAGUGUCCUCUCUGUUCAGGAAAGUCCUUCCACCAACACUCCACUUUGACUGAAUCCACUCCAAAUCCACUUCUGUGUCCACCACCUUGUUACCUCUUCACCACUGUUGUUACAUCUUUGGACGGUGUCAGUGUUCAUCCGCUUUCCUCCAGAUGAUGGUUUUUAUAUUGAGAUGUCAGAGGUAAAAACCCAUCAAACCUGGAAAAGACAUUCAGUAAUCACAGAGUAAUUUACAAACUUAUGAGGAGAAUUAAAUAAAAGAAGAAUGAGUUUGGUAAGUAAAUGAAAAAUAGCGAUAAUGUCCUAUUAUCAUCCUGAGGUCAGUGUGAGGUAAAAAAAAGAAUUCAGGAACAGUGUGUGUGUGUGUAUAUGUGCUCUAUGAAUGUGUUCUGUUAAUGUCCACUCCUCCCGUCGUCGUCCUGCUGUACGUGUGAAAAAAGAUUCCGGUGGUUGGUGUUUUCACGUCAGAUCCUCUAACUCCAGAUGUCUGGAUGUACAGUGAUUUUAUUUUUCUACAGGUUUAAACUCUUGUGGAUGCAAUAGGAAAACAUUAAUCCUGUAAUAUUUACAGUAGUGCAGUACAGCACAGUACUUAAUCAAAGUAAAACAUUGAGUGAGUGUCUGAUAAAGCAUGUCCCAUCAGAGACCCUAAAAGUUUAUCAGCUUCUUUUUAGGAGAAUGAAGUUAUUUUUGCUUGUCGGAAAUGUGGAAUGGACUUGUUAAAAAAAAAAAUUGAUUGUGAAACAUUAUUGGACUUAAAAACUUGUUUGAUAUUUGAAGAAAUUACAACAAAAUGGAGUUUGUUUUGUUUUAAAGCACAUUCUGUAAUUUUAAUGGAACGAAGGAAGGUGUUGAUCCGUUGUUGUCCGACUCUGUGCUUGUCUCCAAAAUAUUUGGGAGAGAUGUAACGUUUGGAGAAUGUGUGACAGACACGUUUUAAUUUGAAGUGUUUUUAAUCAUUAGCUUGUUCUCAUUUGUUGCUAAAACCUCUACCUUUUGUUUGCACUUGGGCCCUUAGUGUGUAGUUAAGGAGAUGCUUUUAAUGCAAACGGUCAACAUGAAUGACCUGAUGUUGCACUGUACGCAGAAGCCAUUGUUACUGGGGUAAAAUUAUCAUGGUGGGAAACAUGGGUGUGUUAUUGUAUCAUAAGUGAGAAAGAAACUUAACGCUGUCUUUUAUUUAAAUAUAACUUAUUGGGGCAGUGUUACAAUUACUGUAUGUGCAUCCAUGGGAGUGUGAUGAUGAUAAUGACAACAAUUAAUAAAAAUGUAAAAUGCA